CGUGUUACUGUAUGCGUAAGCAGAAAAGUAAGAUUGGCACGAAGAGACGAAGUGAAAAUAAAAACUCGAAUCCAUCGCUAGUCCGUAGUACGAGAACGUGUUUCGAUCUAUCGAGCGGCGCUUUGGACCGUCUGGUUACGGUACGGUUUGUUCAGUGUCAGUGCUGUUCUCGGCACGCUCGGCGAUCGAGGUUGAGAAUAAGGUGACUUCGCUGCUGGUGGAUACACGACUGUGAGAAGAAUGUGCCGAUAGAUCGACAAUCGGCCGACUUCCUGCACCCGCCGCGACCUUUUCAAAACGUUGAUUGCGAUCGCUCAAUAAACGCAUAUCGCGAGGGCUUCACAAUCAGACGACAAGCCGCAGCCAAGUGACUAGAAGAUAGCCGAAUUUGUUCAAUGAUGAAAUUAUUAGCAGGCGUGGAAGAGGUGAGCGACCAAAGCGAGAAGCAGUCGAACAAUGAGGAACUGCACAAUAACAACCAUGAAAAGCAACAAAAAACAGAUGUUACGCAAGAAACGAUGAAGCUGAUUAACGGCGAGGUAUACCGUAGGCUUUCCAGAAAGCUGGACGAGUCACCUAUAAAAGAUAAAAAGAUUACGCUUGACGAUGAAGAGAAAAUGAGACGUCUUCUUAAUUAUGAAGAAGCUCCUGAAUAUCUUCAACAUAAUCCUUAUAUUCUUCACGGAUAUCGAGGAUAUCUUACAACAAAAUUAUGUAUCGAGAGUAUAUUCUGGUGGACAAAUGAAACAGUAAACAUAUGGAGUCACAUAUUCGGAUGGAUGUUAUUUUUCGGUCUGACUCUAUACGAUCUUUGUCUACUAAAUAUUCACGCACCCUUUGGUGACAAACUGAUAGUAGCACUUCUACUGAUCUGUUUCCAGGCGUGUAUGAUAUUAUCUUCGGUGUAUCACACGUUUUCCUGCCGAAGUGAAAAAGAUUAUUGGUGUUUUCUAUCAUUUGAUCUAUUUGGCAUUGCUUUGAGCCUUUUAUCCAUAUACAUGUCUGGAGUUUACUACGCUUUUUGGUGUCACAAGGAGUUGCAGAGAUUUUAUUUGAUAACGGUGUUGGCAAUUUUUAUAUUUGCAAUGAUUCUGCAAAUACCAAAAUUGAAUGUCAAUGGAAAUGUCAAGCUAGUCGUUUUUGUCGCUUGGGCAGCUUAUGGAGUGCUGCCAACGCUGCAUUGGAGUAUUGCUAUGGGUGGCAUGGACAACCCGAUCGUUAGAAUGUUGCUUCCAAGGGUGCUAGGAAUGUAUGUUAUUAGCGGUGUAGCGUUCGUUAUUUAUUUAAGCAAAAUCCCGGAACGAUUUUGUCCAGGGUGGGUAGAUUAUAUUGGUUCAUCUCAUCAGUGGUGGCAUGCAUUAGUAGUAUUGGCUCUUUAUUAUUGGCACAAUACUGGAAUGCUAUACGUGGAAUACAGAAUGAACCACGGCUGUCCAAGUAAUAUAAGAUUAUUAUGACAGACAGAUACUGACGAUCAUUCAGGCCAUGGUUUUCUUAUGGAAUGUGCUUGCGCUAUGGAAUUCAAUGUUUGGUCGUCAGAGUAUUACAACAAACUACCGUUUUACGCUAUUGAGAGAAAGACAACUUGCGUAAUCGUGAAUCCAUUGCAAGCAUACCUUCAUCGACAGGGGUUCUGAUGUUGCAGUGUAUGAAAUCUGUAGAAUUUAGUUAAAACAACGUUAACACGGGUCCUUUCAAAGUAUCUGAAACGUUCUAAUGUUAGUCAUUUUUAUUUAUGUUGUAUUUAUAAAUUUUAAAUAGAUGUACUGCAUUUUCUUUUUAUUAUUUCAAUUUUUAUAACAGACAUCUUUCUUAGACAUUUAUUUUAUUCCCGUGUGAGAAACAUGCUUGCGCAAUGCUUUUAUCGCAAUAAUUAUAAUUUACAAUAAAAAGCAAGUAACUCAUAAAGACACAACGCAAUGACCAAAAGUAUUUUGUAAUUGCAAUUGGAAAUUUAUCCGCAGGUAGCAAAAGUUUCUAAGUUUGUACAUAAUUGACGCAAUAGAUAUUUAUUAUUUAAUGAAAUAACAUUGGAAGAACGUAAAGAAAUUGAAAGAACUACUUCUGCAGUUGUAUGUUAUUAAAUAACAUUUGUAAAAAUUGCAUUGUAUGAUAGUAAGAUAAAAGUAAUAUAGUAAAGUAUACACAUUGAUUUGAACAGUGCCUGAAAACUUGUAAAUAAAGAGUUGUAAAUGAGAUAAAUGCGAAAGUUUUGUACAAAAAAGGAAAUAAGAAAAAAUUUAGUUAUAAAUUUGAACGUUUUGCUAUAUAAAAGAUACUUGAUUAUUGUUAUUUCGUCCAGUCGCGGGGAGACGCGUCAACGGGAGUCGUAAAUUCCCGUUACGAUUAUACGAAUCGACACCGCGAGCAGGGCGAUCCCCUGAUUUCGGUUAAGACAAUAGGGGUGUUUGUGGUUGAAUAACUGUAGUCUAUAGUUAGCUACUAUAAAUAUAUUUACACCCGAUUACAACACGUGGAACGUAUACAGAUAAGAUUGGAUUUCGUCGGACCUUACAAUGUUUAACCCGAGCGUUGAUAUCGUUAGCGCGUUGAAUGUCGAUCCCGUGUUAAAUUAGUAAACGUGACUGCCCGAUGAGCGAAAGAACCGUCCGAGGUAUGUUGACUGUCCGAGGAGUUAAAGAGAAGUGAAGUCACUGACUCAUCUCGUACUAUUUAGGAGGAAAGCUCGGUGUGAGGGUGCCCUUACUGAAUCAAGGACACAAGGAUUCGUUGUUCACACGAUCCGCUAUGCCCAUUGGUUAUAGCCAAAGUUAAUAAACAAAUCCGAGGAGAAAGGCUCCUGACCAUGACUCAUGGGUGUCUUUGAUCUUGGGAAAAAAAAAAAGCAGGGCACAUCUGCUUUCCCCGUAAUUAGCAAGAGUGUGCAAUAAACCUAAUGACUGUUCAAAGGACCAUCCAUAAACCGAAAAUAUUUGUAUGAAUUGAAGUUAAGCUGAAAAGAUUCGGUUUAUGGUGGUUCCUUGGGUUUCCUGCAGGUCAGUUUAACGAGGGGUAGGCCUUGGCGGUCAAACCGAAAGGGGCGUCGCACGGACCGUCUUGCGCCCCGUAACAAUUAUUAUAUAAAAAUUAUUUAAAUCCUGUUUUCAAACAUCAUAUAAAAAAUUAUACCUUGUUACUUGUAUAAUGGCAAUAAUAAUAUAGCUUAGAUUUCAUCAAUACAUAUCAAAGAAAAUUACGAAUGUCCAUUCUGUAUCUAUAAACAAAGUAGUUUAAAUAAUUAUACUUUUAUCAAUUUUUUAUAUGAUUUUAACUGAAGUAAGAAUUACGUAUUCUAACAAAAUAUAAUUGUAAUAGAAUGUUAUUAUUUCCAACUGUUAAAUAAAAUCGUUGCCUAAAAUUA